AUGGUGGCCGCCAUGUUAAGUUAUUUAGGUUCUUUUAGACGAAUGCAAAGAGAUUAUGCUUGGAUUAAUACACUUCUAGAAGAAGCAGAAAAUGAAAGAAUGCACCUCAUGACAGCAUUGCAGUUACGUGAACCCAGUAAUUUAUUUAGACUUUGUGUUGUUGGGGCACAAGGUACUUUUGUGACCAUGUUUAGUUUAGCUUACUUAAUGAGUCCAAGAUUUUGCCACCGUUUUGUUGGAUAUUUGGAGGAAGAAGCAGUGGUAACAUACUCCAAAUGCAUACAGGACAUACAAAAGGGUUCAAUGCAGCAUUGGAAGACACAAGCUGCACCGGAAAUUGCAAUAAAUUACUGGAAGUUACAGGAGGACUCCACGAUGUUGGAUGUAAUCCUUGCCAUUCGUGCAGAUGAGGCUCACCACCGGGUGGCAGUCUGCACCAAAAACUUUUUGAACUUCUAG